GUAUAUUUAUGUAUUACAAUGUAUCACAUCAUUUUAUAAAUGUGCUUUUUAAUUAAAAAUGCAUCCUACAUCAUUACAUUUUUUUGUUCACCAUGAUUUUUAAUGGCUACAAAUGAACUCUAUUUAACAAUCAAUCUAUAAUAUUGGCCAUUUUUCUUAUUUACACAUAGAGUGCAGUAUUUUGAGGGAGUAUAAACAGGUGCUAUCCAGGGUAUGGAGACAAAUUUCCUGAAAGAGAACAAUAAGUAUUUUUCGGAAACAAGAAACUGGGGCCAGAGAUAAUUAGGAGAAUUCCUAAUUAGAGAUUCCCCAUGAAUAUCUGGAGAUAUUGGCAGGUGUGCUGAGUUUCCCACAGUUAGCGAUGUAGGGGUUUGUUCUUAAAUUUAAAGGACAGUGAUCCCAGCUGACCUAAGGAUUGGCUCUGGGGGGAUCAACCAGCAGCUGAUCCAUGGAAACAUAUACGCCUUCCUACCUCAAAACAUUUCUGUCUUUAUGCACCUUAAAUCUUGUAGAAGAGGCACACUCUUUCUUCCUUUCCCCUCUUCCCAUUUCCUUUCUCUUUUCUGGGAUCUGGAACCAUCAAUUUUCUAUCAUCUCUCAUUCUCUUCUCUCAGCUCCUUUCUUUUAAGGUCUCCGCCCUCUAAUAGGAAAAGUAAAAAAAAAAUAUUUUUUUUACUAUCCCGUGAGCUACAGGCCUACUUUCCUCUUCAUCUCAGUGCCAACCUUCUGGAAAGAAUCAUCAUUCUUUACUAUCUUCAUUGCUUCAUCACUAACGACUUCUUACCCAAGCUCUCAACUCAGCCCAGUGCCUUGUACACAGCAGGUCUGGGCGCAACGUUAGUUCCAGCCCGCUUGUAAACUGGCAUCUCUUUCCUGGUUCUUCAGAAGGAAUUUCUUCACGGUUAUCAGUGGGUGCUUACUGCCAGUCAGUAGAGCCUCGCAUCCAUGUUCCCACACCCUGAUUCUGCAGCCCCGUAAGGCUACAGACUGGUUUCCAGGUACAUUGGAUCCUUGGAAGGUCCCGCCUGCCUCCUGCCCGGCUCUGUACAUAGCUCCCCAGGAACCCUGAGAGAUCUGUGAGCACCGGUUGCCAGUCCUUCAACUCUCGUUUGUCGCGCGUCCCUAGGUCACCUCGAGGCAACAUGUCAGAAUGCCCCGCGCCUCCAAGCCUGCGUGAAUGUCCUAACAUUUAAUGCGCACCCGAAUGCCAGGCUCAGGCCACCCUUACUUCCUUUCACUCAACAGUCUUUAACUAGGCCCCACUACAUGCCCGAUCUAAGUGAAGAGGUCACAGUCCUGGGUCCCAAGGCACUAGCUGCUGGGGCAAGACAGCCGCGUAGGCAGAUCUUGUCCCUCUAGCGGGCGGCAUCAGCCCCUCCCGAAGGUCCCUGCCCUGGUGGCGCGUCAGAGGACAAGAGGCCCAGGUCGCAAGGAGCGGCGACCCGGCCCAACCUCUCGAGGUGCCCGACGGCACCGGCUGGGGCGGGAGCCGGGCAGGGCGGGCCGGGGUCUGGGGUACACGGCGUCUGCCCCGCCCUCCCGGCCGCCGCCGUCGCCGCAGCCGCGCAGCCCGCCUCGGGCGGGAGGCGGAAGGCCGGGCCUAGGCCCGGGCAGCCCCUCGGCCGCACCGCUCUGGGCCGGUGCCCAGGUCCGAGUCGCCUUCCGCCUGCCCCCAACCCCCCGCCUGCGGCCCCAGCCAGGUCCCGCCGGGGGCCGGCUCCCGCCCCCGCUCCGCCCCCGUAGCCGCAGCCCCGCCCGCCACUGCCGUCGCCAUGUUGUGGCUCCCGCAGCCGGCGCUCAGGACGGGCACAGACGAGCCCGGGGCCUGCAGCUGCCACCGCCGCCAGGUGGUGGUUGGACAGUAGACGAUGUGCCUAGGUAGAAGUUUUUCCUUUCUCCACAGCUCCACUACCCCAGCAACGCUCGCCACAUCUUUGUUUUGAGAACCUCACUAAGCUUAUUUCACUGGGGAUAGUACCUUCAAAGUUCAUCCAUAUUGUAGCAUGUGUCGGAAGUCCCUUCCUUUCUGAGACUGAAUAACAUCCCACUGUCCCUUGUCAGCAUCCAGCCAUGGGGGAUAUGAAAACCCCAGAUUUUGAUGACCUUCUGGCUGCCUUUGACAUCCCAGACCCUACCAGCCUUGACGCCAAGGAGGCCAUCCAGACGCCCAGUGAGGAGAAUGAGAGUCCCCUCAAACCUCCAGGCAUGUGUAUGGAUGAAAGUGUGUCUUUGUCUCACUCAGGAUCAGCCCCAGAUGUGCCGGCCGUGAGUGUCAUUGUUAAGAAUACCAGCCGCCAGGAGUCAUUUGAAGCGGAGAAAGACCACAUUGCUCCCAACCUCCUACACAAUGGAUUCCGGGGCUCAGACCUGCCUUCAGAUCCCCACAACUGUGGGAAGUUUGAUUCAACUUUCAUGAAUGGAGACAGUGCCAGGAGUUUCCCUGGCAAGCUAGAGCCUCCUAAGUCAGAGCCGUUACCCACCUUCAACCAAUUUAGUCCAAUCUCUAGCCCAGAACCUGAGGAUCCCAUCAAAGAUAAUGGAUUUGGGAUAACACCCAAGCACUCUGAUAGUUACUUCUCAGCCCCUUCUGGGUGCGGGGCUGUGGGGGGCCCAGUGUUGGAGGCUCUAGCUAAGUGUCCUGUUCCAGAACUGCAUAUGUUUGAUCACUUUUGUAAGAAGGAGCCCAAGCCAGAGCCCCUGCCCCUGGGGAGCCAGCAAGAGUGCGGUGAGCAGGGCGCACAGGAGGUGGUGGAGUCUCAGAAGGAACCACCUGCCAGCCGAUUCUUUGGGGAUGCUUUGGAGUUCAACAGCCACCCUAGCAACAGUGUUGGAGAGCCCAGUGGGCUUGCCCGGGAGCUUGGCACCUGCUCGUCAAUACCCCCUAGACAGCGUCUAAAGCCAGCUCAUUCUAAGCUGUCUUCUUGUGUGGCAGCAUUGGUGGCUCUACAGGCCAAAAGAGUGGCCAGUUUCACUAAGGAGGAUCAGGCUGACCACACAAAGGAUGCCUCAGGGCCUACUAAAGAGGGUUCUAAAGGCAGCCCCAAAAUGCCCAAGUCACCAAAGAGUCCCCGGAGCCCUCUGGAGGCCACUAGGAAAAGCAUCAAGCCCUCAGACAGCCCUCGGAGCGUCUGCAGUGACAGCAGCAGCAAAGGCUCUCCUUCUGUGGCUGCCAACUCCCCACCAGCGAUUCCCAAAGUCAGAAUCAAAACCAUUAAGACAUCAUCAGGGGAAAUCAAACGGACUGUCACAAGGAUCCUACCAGACCCUGACGAUCUGAGUAAAUCUCCUGUUGGGUCACCUCUAGGGAGUGCCAUUGCUGAGGCCCCCGGGGAUGAGGUGCCUGUGGAGGAGUCCCUUCCUGAGGCAGAUACACACACAAGGAGCCCUCAGAGUGACAGGAAAGGGAGUGAGAGUGUGACAAAGGCCAGUGACUCUUCGUCUCCCAACCACAGCUCAGGGCCCCGGGUCCCAAAGGGGGGUGCCCCGGGCUCACAGGUGGGCAAGAAGCAGCAGAACACAGCACUGCAGGCGUCCACCCUGGCCCCCGCUACUCUCCUUCCCAAAGCUGUGCACUUGGCCAACCUGAACCUUGUACCCCACAGUGUUGCCGCGUCAGUGACAGCCAAGUCCUCAGCACAGAGACGUAACCAGCCACAGCUCACACAGAUGUCGGUGCCCCUGGUUCACCAGGUGAAGAAGGCUGCCCCACUGAUUGUAGAGGUCUUCAACAAGGUCCUCCACAGCUCCAAUCCCGUGCCCCUCUAUGCGCCAAACCUCAGCCCACCUGCGGACAGCAGGAUCCACGUGCCGGCCAGCGGGUACUGCUGCCUGGAGUGUGGAGACGCAUUUGCCUUGGAGAAGAGUUUGAACCAGCACUACAGCCGGCGGAGCGUCCAUAUCGAGGUGCUGUGCACGCUGUGCUCCAAAACGCUGCUUUUCUUCAACAAGUGCAGCCUGCUCCGGCAUGCCCGCGACCACAAGAGCAAGGGGCUUGUCAUGCAGUGUUCCCAGCUGCUCAUGAAGCCUAUCUCUGCGGACCAAAUGUUCCUGUCAACCCCUGUGAACUCCAUGGCACCAGCAGCCCCAGCCUCUUCAUCCUCUCCCAAACAUGGCCUCACUGCAGGCAGUGCCAGUCCCCCUCCUCCAGCCCUGCCACUCUACCCUGACCCGGUGAGGCUCAUCCGGUAUGCAGUCAAGUGUCUGGAAUGUCACAAACAGAUGCGGGACUACAUGGUCCUGGCUGCACAUUUCCAGAGGACAACAGAGGAAACCGAGGGGCUGACCUGCCAGGUGUGCCAGAUGCUGCUGCCCAACCAAUGCAGUUUCUGUGCCCAUCAGCGGAUUCAUGCACACAAGUCCCCCUACUGCUGCCCGGAGUGUGGGGUCCUCUGUCGCUCUGCCUACUUCCAGACUCAUGUGAAGGAGAAUUGCCUGCACUAUGCCCGCAAGGUGGGCUACAGGUGUAUCCACUGUGGUGUCGUCCACCUGACCUUGGCCUUGCUGAAAAGCCACAUCCAGGAGCGACACUGCCAGGUUUUCCACAAAUGUGCAUUCUGUCCCAUGGCCUUCAAGACUGCCAGCAGCACCGCGGACCACAGUGCCAACCACCAUCCAACCCAGCCCUACAGACCCUCCCAGCUCAUUUAUAAGUGCUCCUGUGAAAUGGUCUUCAACAAGAAGAGGCACAUUCAACAGCAUUUUUACCAGAAUGUCAGCAAGACGCAGGUGGGCGUCUUUAAGUGCCCUGAGUGCCCACUCUUGUUUGUGCAGAAGCCGGAGUUGAUGCAGCAUGUCAAGAGCACCCAUGGUGUUCCCCGGAACGUGGAUGAGCUGUCAAGCCUCCAGUCUUCAGUAGACACGUCCUCAAGCUGCCCUAGCUCUCGAAUUUCUGCUGAACCCCCUGCCGCCAGCAUGGCUGCUCGGAGCAGCUCCUUGCCCUCUGGCCGGUGGAGCAGGUCUGAAGUGCAUCGUAGGGCAGAAGCAAGGCCUCGGCUAAGGAGCACUGGUUGGUCCUGCCAGGAGUGCCAGGAGUGGGUUCCUGAUCGGGAAAGCUACGUGUCCCACAUGAAGAAGAGCCACGGUCGGACGCUGAAGCGCUACCCGUGUCGGCAGUGUGAGCAGUCCUUCCAUACCCCUAGCAGCCUGCGCAAACACAUCCGCAAUAGCCACGAUGCAGUGAAGAAGGUCUACACGUGUGGGUACUGCUCCGAGGACAGCCCCAGCUUUCCUCGGCCCUCGCUCCUGGAGAGCCACAUCAGCCUUAUGCAUGGCAUCAGAAACCCUGAUUUGAGCCAGUCAUCCAAAGUCAGAUCUCCACGAGGACAUUCCCCUCAGGUGAACCAUUUGAAAAGACCAGUCAGUGGUGUGGGGGACGCUUCAGGCACCGGCAGUGGCGCAACUGUCUCUUCCACCAAAAGGCACAAGUCCCUUUUCCAGUGUGCAAAAUGUAGUUUUGCCACAGAUUCGGGGCUUGAGUUUCAGAGCCACAUACCUCAGCACCAGGUGGACAGCUCCACAGCCCAGUGCCUGCUCUGUGGCUUGUGUUAUACCUCUGCCAGCUCCCUCAGCCGCCACCUCUUCAUCGUCCACAAGGUGAGAGAACAGGAGGAGGAAGAGGCAGCAGCAGCGGAGGUGGCAGCAGAGGCUGCAGAGCCUGAGGAGGGCUCUGGGGAGGAUGUGUCCAUGGAGAUUAGAGAGAACGGACUAGAAGAGUGCAGUGGCGAGCCUUUGCUGACCGACCCAGAGGCAAGGAGGUCACUGGGCCCGGCCCCUGAGGAGGAUGGUGCCCAAGAUACUCAGAGUCAACCACACGCAUCCCAGGACCAGGACAGCCAUGCACUGUCCCCUCAGGUGUGACCAGAGGCUUUGCAGUAUGUGUGGUCAGGGUGGUGCCAUGGCAUCCUCCACCUGCUGUGCACCCCGUGGGAAAUAAAAGGCUGUGCCUGGG